AUGAGGGCUUUUCUUUCUUCCAUUACGCGACCAAUCCUGGGCAAGCGGUCCUUGCCAGACAACGAGGACGUGUCUGCUGACCAGGUUCAGAAAGGCAUGGCACAUGACGAUGUGCAGGGAGCGCGGGCUGCGCAGGAAGUGGGAGGCUCAGCAAAAGAGAAGCCCGCUGCCAUUCCUUCAGUUGUCAUACCAUGGGUCUUCAAGGAGCUCGUGGACUGCGAUGACGCCAUCAGAGAGAACAAAGAGCUGUGGCCAGAAGUGAUUGGGACAUUAUUUGAGAGCGAAUCCAUUUGGCUGGCCGAGUCAGCAGAGGGAGUGAAGUUGAGAGAGAGGAUAGAGUGCUUGCUUGAUUGCCUGAUGACUUGGUCCAACUCCAAGAUACCGUUCUCGGGCACGCGGGACGAGCGCAUUUUCGACUCCUAUGUGCCAUCAGACCCCUCCGUCAAGAAUGCAUUAGCGUUUAGGAAAGCUAUCAAACAAGCGCUGGGAGAAGUCAAAAAGGUCAAGCUGCACAAGGAGAUAGCUGCUGCCAAGGCGUCCCUAAAGGCGGCACCGUGGGAGACUGACAGCACCUCAAAUCUAAAUGAAGAACAAACCACGUCGUGA